AUGGAGGAGCAGGACAGGUAUCUUCAUCACAGUGAUGAGGAGGAUGAAGGCUACACUGUUGUAAGGUAUCUUCAUCACAGUGAUGAGGAGGAUGAAGGCUACACUGUUGUAGCUGCUGCAGGUAUCUUCAUCACAGAGGAACAGAAAUGCUUCACAUGUGACUCCAGGCUGCCUUACAGUCGCCAUAGCAACCCCAACAGCCACUGCAUUGAGAAUGUUAUCACGACCUUUGACCCUGAAAGGAAGCUGAAGUGGUGGCAGUCCGAGAACGGAGUCCAUGAGGUCAGCAUCAGGCUAGACCUGGAGACCGUGUUCCAGUUCAGUCACCUGGUCCUGACCUUCAAGAGUUUCCGUCCGGCGGCCAUGUUGGUGGAACGUUCCAAGGAUUUUGGACAAACUUGGAAAGUUUUCCGUUAUUUUGCUGAAGAUUGUUUGCUUCACUUCCCGUCAGCGUCGGCCGAGCCGGCGGACAGCGUGGAUGAUGUCAUCUGUGACGGCCGAUACUCGGGGUCAGAGCCAUCUACAGAGGGAGAGGUGGUGCUGAAAGCUCUCGAUCCCAUCUUUGAAAUUGAAAACCCGUACGCAGCAAACAUUCAAGAUCUCAUCACGCUGACAAACAUCCGGAUCAACUUCACUCGCCUCUUCACGCUGGGCGACACCCUGCUGUCCCGUCGCCGUAGGAACCCUCAGGAUAAAUAUUACUACGCCCUCUAUAACAUGGUGGUCAGAGGAAGCUGCUUCUGUAACGGACACGCCAGCCAGUGCACGCCCGUGGACCCGGGACGAGGAGACGCCUUCACCCAGACCGGCAUGGUUCAUGGUCGAUGUGUUUGUCAGCACAACACGGCUGGAGAGAACUGUGAGAGAUGCCAGGACUUUCACCACGACUCCCCCUGGAGGCCAGGAGGAGAAAAUACGGCCGGCAUCUGCAGGAGAUGUAACUGCCAUGGCCACUCUGACUCCUGUCACUUUGAUGUUGCUCGUUUUGACGCCAGCGGCGGCGUUAGCGGUGGCGUUUGUGACGACUGCCGGAAUAACAGGGCGGGGCCUCAGUGUGAACGCUGUCGACCUUUCCUGUACCAGGACCCUCAGAGAGCCUCAGAUGACCCGCAGGCCUGCAUACCGUGUGACUGCGACCAGGCGGGGUCUGAGGGCGGCGGUCUGUGCGACGCUCUGAGUGGUCAGUGUGUCUGUAAAGAAAAUGUGGAGGGUCAGCGCUGCGACCGCUGUAAACCUGGAUUCUUUGGUCUGAGAGCAGAGGACCUGGCGGGCUGUCAAGCGUGCAGGUGUCAUCCUGUGGGGAGCGUCCGGUCAUGUGAUCCUCUGACAGGAAGCUGUGAGUGCAACCGUUUUGCUGCUGGACCGCUGUGUGAUCGAUGUGUGUCCGGGUUCUGGGGUCUAGGUAACUCUGUGUUCAGGUGUUCACCGUGUGACUGCGACAUUGGAGGAGCUCACAGCAGCACGUGUUCUCCAGAGAACGGACAGUGCCACUGUUUACCCAACAUGGUGGGGCGGCGCUGCUCUGAACCUGCUCCUGGCCACUUUCUGCCUCUGCUGGACUACUUCCUGUAUGAGGCGGAGCUCGCCGCUCCACUGUAUGACAGGGCCCCUCCUCCUCCGACUCUUCCUCCAUCGCCAUAUUUCACUCCUCAUCCUCCGACGCCUCCUGUUGCGACUCUUCCUCCGUCGUCUCCUCUGUUGAACCCGGUCGUGUUGCCAGAGUGUGAGAAGUACUACAGGGAGCAGGGUUUCGACUUUAAGUUCACUAACGGACGAGUCAUUUUGGUGCGAAGGGCUCGCCGACUCGCUCGCCGCAGGAGACAGCAGACCACCAUCCCUCUGGAUCCAGGUCAUGCCCUGCAGAUCAUCCCUCGUCAGCGGCCACCUGGUCGCCCUGUCACCUGGACCGGCCUGGGACUGGUCAGGGUGCUAGAGGGGGCGGGGCUGAGAUUCACCGUGGACAACCUUCCAUCAUCGUUGGAUUACCAGCUGGUGGUUCGCUACGAGCCAGAGGCUCCAUCUGACUGGCUGGCUUCAGUCAGCAUCGCUACACUGUCGCCAGGCGACGGACGCUGCAGCAGCCCCCCAACAGGAAGUCAAACUCUGGUACUUCCUGGAAACGCAAGAGGUGGUGUCCUGGAGUUGCCGGUGUGUCUGAAUGCUGGCGGUCGUUAUCUCAUCGACAUUGUUUUCAGCAAACAGCCUGGACCCGAUGACUCAUCGUCACACAUCCUGAUCGAUUCGAUCGGUCUGAUACCCAGUAUCGAGUCCGUCCAGGACUUCUGCUCCCAGAGUGACAUCGACUCUUUCAGACGCUUCCGCUGCAUUGGAUUGGCUGCUGAGCUCAGCCCACAGGACGCCAUACCCGAGGGCUGCGAGGGGCUCAUCAAGAGCAUGUCAGCACGGAUCAAUAAAGGAGCUGUUCCGUGUAAGUGUAACGUGGUCGGCUCUCUCGGACCGAGCUGCAGUAAACUGGGAGGGUUCUGUGAAUGUAAACCCGAUGUGAUUGGCCGUUGCUGUGACACCUGUUCACCGCUGACGUUUGGCUUUGGACCCAGCGGCUGUCAGCCCUGUGACUGCGACCCUCGUGGCGCCGUGUCAGAGAUGUGCGAUCAGGUCAGAGGUCAGUGUGCGUGUCGAUCAGAGGCCGCAGGUCGCCGUUGUGAUCGCUGUCAGACCGGAUUCUGGAGUUUCCCGCUCUGUCGAGCAUGCGAGUGUCACGGACUGUCAGACGAGUGCGACCAAGAGACGGGAGAGUGUUUGAACUGCAGGGAGCACGCCGCUGGACCUCGCUGUGAUAGGUGUGUAGAGGGUUACCAUGGUAACCCCGCCUCCAGCCGGCCCUGCGAGCCAUGUUUGUGUCCAGAUAUUCAGGGCAGCGGGCGAUUCUUUGCCACUUCCUGCCUUCAAGACCCAGAAUCCCUCAGUCCAUCCUGUGUCUGCAGAGAGGGACACACAGGUGAACGCUGCGACAGGUGCAGCCCUGGUUUCUAUGGUAACCUGGCGUUGCCGGGGGCCAGCUGUGAGGAGUGUGAGUGCAACAACAACAUCGACAUCGACGACCGCGACGCCUGCGACCGUCUGACCGGAGAGUGUCUGCGCUGCCUCCACAACACCAUGGGACCGCGCUGCAGCCUCUGCAGACCUGGUUACUAUGGCAACGCCCUGGACCAGGAGUGCAAAGAGUGCUCGUGUGACCGGCGAGGGACCGUGGUCACUCAGUGUCCCCUGGGGAGUCCGUGUUUCUGUGACGGGAGGACGGGUCAGUGUCCCUGCAGGCCGGGGGCCGGCGGCGCCCUCUGUGACCGCUGUGAGGACGGAUUCUGGAACCUGGAGGGUCCGGUGGGGUGUCAACCCUGCAGCUGUGACCCCGCCAACGCCGAGUCCAACAUCUGUGACAAGCUGACGGGCCAGUGUCCGUGUCGUCCUGAGUUUGGCGGCAGACAGUGUGACGAAUGUGGCGAGAAUCAUUUUGGGAACCCAGACCUUCAGUGUAUCUCGUGUGACUGUAACAUGGAGGGAACUCAGCGCCCGUCAUGUGACCAUGAAACUGGCGAGUGUCUCUGUCGGACCGGGGUCACGGGGAUCUUCUGUGACCAGUGUGCCCCUGGCUACAACUCGGCGUUCCCAGCCUGUGAGCCGUGCCACGCUUGCACCGCCAUCUGGGCUCAGAGCGUCACCGACGUGCAGCGUGCCGCUCAGACGAUGAGGACCUUCAUCCCGCACUCUGACAGCGCGCUGAGGCCUGGAGACAGCCACCGCCGCCAACAGAUGCAGCAGAUGCACUCCAGGAUGGACGACCUCUCCAACCUGACGGGCCUCUCCCCUCUUAAAGUGGAGAAGAUGGAGAAACUCUGCAUGAUGAUAGGGAAGCUGAAAGACGCCGUCGACCCAAACGUGAUCGUGAUCGACCCGUCUCCGCUCCUCAACACGCAGAUCGACGACAUCGAGAAGGAGUUCAAGAAGCUUCUGGACUCUCUGAAGGAGAAGGUCAGCGAGGAGUGGGGCGACGAGGACGGAGACGUGGAGGAGCUGCUGCAGGACAUCGAGAAGCUCCAUAAAACCUUCAUGGCGGAUGAGAAACGCAUCCGGAACGCCAACAGAGCUGUGGAGGACUCCAUGGACACCAGGCAGGACAUCAAAGUCAAACUGAGCAUGUGCAGCAGAGGAGACCUGGCGCCAGUAGACAAGAAGGUCCAACAGCUCAGUGUGGUCAACCUCAACCGAAAGAUCUGUGGAGAACCCGGUCUGCUGGACUGCUCGGGAUGUGGAGGAGCGCUGUGCGUCCUCGGUCUCUCACAGAGGAAGUGUGGAGGGCCGGGCUGUGACGGCGCCGUUCCAGACAGUCAGAAAGCCGUGGAGGAUGCAGAGAAGACGAAGAAGCUCCUGGACAACCUCCCAUCCAGGCUGCAGGAGUCCAAGAACAAGGUUGACAACGCCAAACAGGCCGCUCAGGACUCCAAAGACCAGGCCAAAGACCUCCAGGACCGGAUCAAUGACAACAUGGAGUCUUUUGAGAGAGAGAAGCAGAAAACCAAAGAGCUGCUGAAGAGGGUCAAAGACUACCUCACGGAUGACAUGGUUCCUCCAGAGGACAUCGAGAAAAUGGCUCGAGCCGUCCUGGACGUCCAGCUGCCUCGGUCUCCUGAUCAGAUCCGAUCGAUGAUCGAUGACAUCAAGAAACUUCUGAACAACACCACCAACGUCCAGGACGACCUGAAGAACCUGGAGGAGCACGCCAAGAGCGCCCAGGAGCUGCUGGAGGAUGCUCGAGAGUUAAAGGAACGGACGAGAAACAUCGAUGUGAGCAAGAUCAGUGGAGACAUUUAUGAUGCUGAGGAAGCUCAAGACAACGCCAACAACGACCUGGAAACAGCCAGCAACGACACCGCCAGGGCCAGAGAGCUCAUCACCCAGAUUAAAGACAAACUGGACAACAUUGAGCCGAGGCUGAUGGACGGCCGACCUGCAGAUCUGCUGGAGGAGAUCGAUGAGCUGAAGAAUAAAACUGAACAGAACAGAGAAAUGGCGAUGGAUGCGAGAGACGCUGCAGACGCUGCUUUAACCAACACGACGAGUAUUCAGACAGAAGUGGAUCAAGCCCUGCAACUGUUUAAACAGUUGAAGGAGGAGAAGGCGAAGGCCCAGAACCAGGGAGAGGCAGAAAAGAGACUGCAGAAGAUCCUAGAGGAGGCCGAGACAAUGAAGAGAGAGAUGGAGGAGAAACUCAAACAGAUCAACGAUCUGGAGGAGAAGAUCCAGCAGCAGAUCAAAGAUAAAGAAGACAAAGCGGCUGAAGUGGCGAAGCUUUUAGAGGACGCUGAUUCUCUGAAGGCGGCCAUCUCUAAACGCUCCGAGCAGUACGCCAGCUGUACUGCAUGAUACUACACAUCUCUACUUCACCAUCACCUCAUAAUACUAUGCAGUAAACACGCUAUACACUCAACCUUCCUGGGACCAUCCCCCUUUAUGAUGUGACCCAUCUGGGGGUCUCGACCCUCAUGUUGUUGACCUCAGCCUAAAUCUUUGUUUGAAUGUUUUAUGUGUACUCUCAGUGAUUUUCUAUUUUUCUAUCUCUGAUUAAGUCACAUUUUGAACUUUUCAUAACCAUUUUUAUGUUUUUCAUCCUUUAAACAGACUUUUGUUGAAUCUGUGAAAAUUGGAACAUUUUAAAAUGUUUUCACUAAAUAAACAUCAGACAAAGACAUCGCUAAGAUUUUAUUU